AUGAAAUUUCUACUGCCAAAGUUACCGUAUGUGGCUGAAUGCAAGCCACCUAAAGGCAUGCAAAAUCAGUACACGACAUCUAUCCCCAUUAUCCUCAAUGAAUCUCAGCCCUCUAUUCCCACCCAUCCAACGGUUUACGCUUCCCAAAAUCCUAAAACCAUAUCCAACAAAAUCACAUCCACUCUUAAAAAACAUCUUCGAACCUCAAGAAUAUCGGAAAUGGCCUCAAUUGCCCUCGAAUCCUUCAUCGGACUCCGUCGAACCACGUCGGAAAACAAACACAUAGUUCUAUCAAAACCCACUACCCAAACACACCGUAAAUUCCGUAUAAAUGCCUCAAAAUCCAGCCCAAGAGUCACUGGACGGAACCUUAGAGUUGCGGUGGUGGGAGGUGGCCCGGCUGGUGGUGCUGCAGCGGAGACACUCGCUAAAGGUGGCAUAGAGACGUUCCUCAUCGAACGUAAGCUUGACAACUGCAAGCCAUGUGGUGGUGCUAUCCCACUUUGUAUGGUGGGGGAAUUUGACUUGCCACUGGAUAUCAUCGACCGGAGAGUCACAAAAAUGAAGAUGAUUUCACCAUCUAAUGUGGCUGUUGACAUUGGCCAGACCCUUAAACCCCAUGAGUAUAUUGGGAUGGUCCGCCGUGAAGUCCUCGACGCCUACCUCCGCGACCGCGCCGCCACUGUCGGAGCCACCGUGAUUAACGGUCUGUUCUUGAAAAUGGACCUGCCCAAAUCCACAGGUUCACCCUAUAUGUUACAUUACACGGAUUACAAUGCCAAAACCGGUGGCGCCGGUGAGAAAAAGACAAUGCAGGUUGACGCCGUCAUCGGCGCCGAUGGUGCUAAUUCCCGAGUGGCAAAGAACAUAAACGCCGGUGAAUAUGAAUAUGCUAUUGCAUUUCAAGAACGCAUCAAAAUCUCAGAUGACAAAAUGAAGUAUUACGAAAAUCUAGCUGAAAUGUACGUAGGUGACGACGUUUCACCUGAUUUCUACGGCUGGGUUUUCCCAAAAUGUGACCAUGUAGCUGUCGGCACAGGCACAGUAACCCACAAAGGCGACAUCAAGAAACUCCAAAUUGCCACAAGAUUGAGAGCCAGGGACAAAAUUGAAGGUGGAAAAAUCAUAAGAGUGGAGGCACAUCCUAUACCAGAGCAUCCCCGGCCAAGGCGUGUGCUCGACCGAGUAGCGCUAGUCGGAGAUGCAGCCGGGUACGUCACAAAAUGCUCCGGCGAGGGGAUAUAUUUUGCUGCCAAGAGUGGAAGAAUGUGUGCAGAGGCAAUAGUUGAAGGGUCAGAAAAUGGGAAAAGAAUGGUAGAUGAGAGUGAUUUGAGGAAGUAUUUGGAGAAAUGGGACAAAACAUAUUGGCCUACAUACAAAGUAUUGGAUGUUCUUCAGAAGGUGUUUUACAGAUCCAACCCAGCAAGGGAGGCAUUUGUAGAAAUGUGUGCUGAUGAAUAUGUGCAGAAAAUGACAUUUGAUAGCUAUUUGUACAAGAAAGUGGUGCCUGGGAAUCCUCUAGAUGACUUGAAAUUGGCUGUGAAUACAAUUGGGAGUUUGGUGAGGGCAAAUGCACUUAGGAGGGAGAUGGAGAAGCUAAGUAAAGCAAGGAACGAGAAUUGUUGUAAGAUGGCAGCAACAUCAACUACCAACUUUUCAAUUGGAUCUGCUGUAUCUGCCGGCUCCAAACUAGGCCCAAUUUCACAGUCAAAGGCCUUUGGUAUCAGAUUCAAUUCUACAAAUUACUUGCGGAGAUCCAAUGGCCUCAAGACUGCUAACUCUGUGAGCUGUCAAUCAAAGUCAUCGUUCUUAGGCAGUGAAAGCAGUGCAGCUCUCAAGAGCUGUUACAUUGGUAAAGCCCGAAAAGAUAACAUGAGAUCUUACAGUCAUGUUCAGCCUCAGGCAUCUUAUAAAGUAGCUGUCCUUGGAGCUGCUGGUGGUAUAGGCCAGCCGCUAACACUUCUGAUCAAAAUGUCACCAUUGGUUUCUGCGCUGCACCUCUACGAUAUAGCAAAUGUGAAGGGAGUUGCAGCGGACCUUAGUCACUGCAACACACCCUCGCAGGUAUUGGACUUCACUGGAGCAUCUGAAUUGGCUGCUUGUCUAAAGGGUGUAAAUGUUGUUGUCAUACCUGCUGGUGUUCCAAGGAAGCCGGGAAUGACCCGUGAUGACCUAUUUAACAUUAAUGCUAAUAUAGUGAAGACCUUAGUUGAGGCUGUUGCUGAUAACUGCCCUGAUGCUUUCAUCCACAUUAUUAGCAAUCCUGUUAACUCCACCUUGCCAAUUGCUGCAGAAGUCUUGAAGCAAAAGGGGGUAUAUGAUCCAAAGAAACUCUUUGGAGUUACCACCCUUGAUGUUGUCAGGGCAAAUACAUUUGUUGCUCAGAAGAAAAACCUAAAGCUCAUUGAUGUUGAUGUCCCAGUCAUUGGAGGUCAUGCUGGGAUUACUAUUUUGCCUUUGCUGUCAAAGACAAAACCAUCGGUUACUUUCACCGAUGAAGAAGUUCAUGAGCUAACUGUCAGGAUUCAAAAUGCUGGGACAGAAGUUGUUGAGGCAAAGGCUGGUGCAGGAUCCGCCACUCUUUCUAUGGCAUAUGCUGCAGCACGAUUUGUUGAGUCCUCACUCCGUGCACUUGAUGGGGAUAGUGAUGUUUAUGAGUGCACCUUUGUCCAGUCUGACUUGACUGACCUCCCAUUCUUUGCUUCAAGGGUUAAGCUUGGACGGAAUGGGGUCGAGGCAUUGAUUUCAUCGGACCUCCAAGGUUUAACUGAGUAUGAACAGAAUGCUUUAGAAGCACUCAAGCCUGAGCUGAAUGCCAGCAUUGAGAAAGGUAUUUCUUUCAUUCAGAAGCAACCUGUGGCUGCUUAG